AUGUGGCUGCCAUUGUCUAGUCGACAACUAACUCAGCUGCAGGUCAGAAACGGUCACAUUAAGCGGAUAACUGACAAUGACAUUCAGUCUCUUAUAUUGGAAAUUAUGGGAAGAAAUGUCAGUACGACUUACAUCACGUGCCCUGGAGACAGUCACAGUCACAGACAAGGACAGAAGAAAACUUUGGGCAUAAAACUACCUUUUCUUGUAAUGAUCAUCAAGAACUUGAAGAAAUAUUUCACUUUUAAAGUGACGGUGCUGGAUGAUAAAGGAGUUAGACGGCGUUUUAGAGCUUCCAAUUAUCAGUCGACAACAAGAGUGAAACCAUUCAUAUGUACAAUGCCUAUGAGACUUGAUGAGGGAUGGAACCAAGUUCAGAUAUUGCGAGUAGCCGUGCUUAUAUUACUACUGUGUUUAGUGCAGAGAGAAAUGUAAGCUUUAUGUACAAUACUUUACAGUGGAUUUUAUCUUUUAGUAUUACAUACUGUACUGUAUUCUAGUGUACUGAGAGAUGCAUUUAUAGACAUUUAUACACAUUUAUACACAUUUAUAGACAUUUAUACACAUUUAUAGACAUUUCAGUCUUAUAAGACUACAAGACUUAGAGAUGUAUUUUUCUGAAUUUUGAA